CAGUCUGGCUGGUCGGGUCAGUCUCCCGUUUAGUGUAAAAGCAAAACAACACCGUCGCCAGUCAGUAGCUAAAAAGAUAUGGUUAAAACUUUUAAAUUGGCAGACGCUGUGUUGUGCAAAGAUCUAAACCGGACUGGUUUCAUUCCGUUAACUGCAUGGACACAAUCUUCUCCAGGGUUUUAGACAUAAAGGGCAGCUUUGAAGUUGGUCUGAACUUACUGGGGCUGCUUUUAUAAGCAGUGGCUGGAGCACAUGUUCUCUAAAAUGUCCUGGCCCACUCCUAUGGACAGACUGCUGAAGACUAGUUGAAGGACAGACGUUCUGCAUCACUGGUAAAUGAUGGGAAACAUGAGAACAGGCGGGGUUCAGAACUGAACUGACUGCAGUUGAUAAACCGUCUUCAAAGUUCCCCUGUCUGACGUCACUACCGUAAUCCAUGGUGUUCGCGAGCAUCGCGACUUGGCGUGACUUCACCGUGGAGGCUGACUGCGAAUUAAUUUAGAUCCAGCCUAGAAAGUUUAUAAAGUCUCUGCAGACUCCAAGAAGCCAUGAAGUCACAUCUGAGAAGAACCCUGCCUCAGGUGUUCCUGCUGUGCUUUGUAGCAUCAGUGAUCUGCCUGGACAUCGUCUCUCAACAAGGCUACAUAGGAAGAAGUGUCCUGCUGCCCUGCAAUUCUACCAAGUCUUCUCCUGUGAAUGUCUUCUGGAGAGAUGAGAAGGAAAAUAAUGUGCUGGACAUCAUCCAAGGCGAGUCCGACCUAAAGACUCAGAACGAGAAGUACAAAGGUCGAGUUUCCAGCUUUCCAAGCCAGUUCCUGAACAAGAACUACUCCAUCGUCCUGGAGAAGCUGGAGAAGAAUGACACUGGAAACUAUAAGUGCAGCAUCGUCUCUGGUGGUGUUAGAGUGACAACCAGAGUAAACCUGACAGUGACAGAAUACGUGGAGAACUCAGCCACCUGUGGAGCCUCCAACGUUCUGCAGAUGUUUGUCCUCUCUGCUCUCAGUCUGCUGCUGUUCUAGGAGCUCCAGGGUCCAGACGCUACCGGUCCACCACUUUCAAGCUCCUUUCUGCUAGAGACCGGCUUCAGCCUCCAGCAGCUCCACAUUAGUCCUAGCUUACGUUCAGCCUAGUCCACAACGUUCUGCAGGUCUUCACCACAGGGUCAGUUCCUCAGGAACUCAUCAGGUGACAAUAAACGAGAACAAGCAAAGCUUCCUGUUUGAAGUAGUGUUAAAUAUUUAUUGACUGAAUCAUAGUUACAUUUGUUCUUCAUUAAAGACGGAUGUUAGCAGCAGAUAAUGACCGUUAAAUCUUGGCUCUGUCUUCUGAAUCCUGGCACUACGACACAAGUUACUACAUUUCUGCCUUAAAUGCAUGAUCUGCCCUUUAAACAUUGAAGGAUUGAACUUCAUUGUGUUUAUUUCUAUUUAUCGUUAUUUGCCUUCCUGUAUAAUGCUGCAAAGACUGAAUGGAUAUUUAUGUUACCGGUUGAUGACGUCCAGGAUAUUUAUAGGAAAUAAGGUGUCAUGUCUGCUAAUUCAUUCCUUGGUCUGCACCUGGAUGUUCUAAGUAGACCAGGUGAAGGUAGAUGGAGGGUUCUACCAGUUUCUAUAAAUGAGCUCAGCAGAGAACAGAACCUGUCUGGUUCCUCCUGAGGGUGGACCUGUGAGCUAAAUAAACGCUGCAUGGCCUUUAUAUCGUCUCACUCUAGUUAUAUUAUUUCGUCACCCAGGUGAUGAAAUGUCUGAUUAAUGUCAUGUUGCUGGUUUGUUUGAAGCUUGAUCUGAAUUAAAAUGGCUCUGAACGGG